GUCCCGCCUUUCCGGACCGCAGUUGCCAUAGGAUCCAUUGAGCCCCUCAUCGGUCUUCCAUUAUUGACUUACCAGGACUGCAACAAACAGUGCAAAACGCGAGGCGCGUCAAAGUGCGACAACUUCUUCUGCGACUAAAGAAUUCGAAAUAGGAAUACCAUAACGAUACUCGAACGAAUACACGAUAUAAUACGACUACGAAGCGAAGUAUCCCUACGGGCUCGUUCAUAUAUUUUGUUGCCAUUAUACACCCGAGGCGCAUUAGUCAACAAGUCUUGACGACCGCGCGCCAACCGCUACAUACACACAAGGUUUGUUGCUAGCAGCGCUGAAUAGCGUGGGAAGUUACAACUGUACGACGUCCCUUGGUUAUCCACACGAUCGCCCAGAAUGCCGCCCAGAGCGUCUACAAGGUCGACACGAAACUCAACGGCCGUUUCGCACAAGCCAACGGCUGCGACCCCGAACUCGCGCGCAUCUGCCACUUCCCGCAUCUCCCUCAAAAUCCCCGAGGAGGCGCCUGACAAUGCGCUGCGAACUCAGAUAUGCGGCAUCUUCAAAGAUGCCCAGCGAACGACGGCGACGCACCGGAAGUUGGUUGUAAACCUGCGCAAGAUCCACGAAGCCUGCUGCUAUGAACCGAUUCGUCCAAGCAAAAAUGGCGACUCCAACGACUUUGACGAGGCCGAUUUCAAUAACGAGUUCACCCGCUGCGUGAUACGCGCCAUGCCGGUCAAGAAAAGCGAAGGCAUCGGGGAGAAGACGAUUCGAUUCGUCGGUUUGUUCUUACGCCACGCCAGCGACAAGGACAAUGAUGUGCUGGGGGAGAACGACGUCGAUGCUAGUACCAUGCCCGAGACCCCCAGUACGCGGCUUACUACACAAGUAAUGGAGGCUAUUGUCGCAUUGCUCACUGCCAAGGACAAGUUCGUUCGAUAUAGGGCAACCCAACUUAUCUCCCACGUCAUCAACUCGCUCGACGCCAUCGACGAUGAUCUUUUCCAAAAGUUGCGACAUGGUCUGCUGAAGCGUAUCCGUGACAAGGAGGCCAUGGUCCGGGCUCAAGCCGUCCUCGGACUUGGAAGACUGGCUGGCAACCAGGUUGAGGGAAUGGCUAACUCGGAGGAUAGUGACGAUGAUGCUGAGACGGGCCUGUUGGAGAAGCUCUUGGAAGUUCUGCAGAACGACCCUAGCGCCGAAGUGAGACGCUCGCUUCUGGUGAACUUGCCGAUUCUCCCAAAUACACUACCUUACCUCUUGGAACGUGCCCGUGACCAAGAUGCUCAGACUCGUCGCGCUGUCUACUCAAGACUGCUUCCUGCACUCGGCGACUUUCGCCAUCUCUCCCUUUCCAUGCGCGAGAAACUCCUUCGCUGGGGCUUGAGGGACCGAGAUGAGAAUGUACGCAAGGCCGCCGGCCGUUUGUUCCGGGAGCGGUGGAUCGAGGACUGUGCGGGUGUUUCUGCGCAGGCCGAGGAUGGCAAGCCUGCUGAAGCAGCGACCCCUAGUCUGGAUGGUCUCCUUGAACUUCUCGAGCGCAUCGACAUAGUGAACUCCGGUGUUGAGAAUGGAGUAGCUCUUGAGGCCAUGAAGGGCUUUUGGGAGGGCCGCCCAGAUUACAGAGAUGCCGUCUCGUUUGAUGACAAUUUCUGGGAGACACUUAGUGCCGAGUCGGUCUUUAUUGCGAGAAGCUUCAAUGAUUUCUGCCGAAUGGAAGGAAAUGGCAGAUACGAAUCAUUGGUUGAAGAAAAGCUACCAGAGGUCACCAAAUUGGCCUUCUACCUGGAACGUUAUCUCAAUGUUCUCACCGAGGCGAUACGCCGAGUCAACACUCAAGAGCCUUCUGAGGAAGAUGACGACGAGGAAGAUACGGUUGAGCAGGAGUUUAUUGUAGAGCAGCUGCUACACAUCAUCUUGACGCUGGACUACUCAGACGAGGUUGGGCGCAGAAAGAUGUAUGCGCUGCUGAGGCAGACUCUGUCCAUUCCGGAACUUCCCGACGAGGUCACGAAACUCACUGUCAACGUGCUCCGCGACCUAUGCCCCCCUGAUACUGCUGGGGAGAAGGAGUUCUGCAGUGUUGUUCUGGAGGCAGUUGCCGACGUCCAUGAUACCAUAGUUGACGAUCCUGGCGCCGAUAACGACGACGACAGUUUCCACUCCGCCCGCUCUGAUGUAAGCAGUGAUGGCACACCUACUAAGCGUGGCAAGAAUGGCGAGUUGAAUGAGGAGGAUGCCCGAGCCAAGGCCAUUAAGGAGAUCAUGAUCAACAUGAAGUGCCUGCACAUAGUCCAGUGUAUGCUCGCCAACGUUGAGGGCACCCUGCAGGAGAAUGAUCACCUCAUCUCCAUGCUCAACAACCUGGUCGUGCCAGCCGUCCGCAGCCACGAAGCCCCCGUCCGCGAGCGAGGCCUUGUGUGCCUCGGGUUAUGUGCGCUUCUCGAUAAGCCACUUGCAGAGGAGAAUUUAACACUCUUCAUGCAUUUCUUCAGCAAGGGUCAUGCGGCUCUUCAGAUCACAGCCUUGCAAAUCCUCACCGACAUUCUGAACGUGCACGGUGCCCAGCUUCUAUCAGCCAAUCCUGCACUUCUCAAAGUCUACAUCCGGGCCUUGCGCUCUGGCUCAAAAAACCCCGAGGUACAGGGCGCCGCCACCGUUGCCGUUUCAAAACUUCUCCUGGGCAGAGUUGUUACGGACCACGAAACGUCGACAGAGCUACUCAAGACGCUUGUCGUCGCAUAUUUCGACCCAGCUACCAACGGCAAUCAGAGCGUGAGGCAAGCUCUAAACUACUUCCUGCCAGUCUUCUGCUUUUCCAGGGCCGAGAACCAGGGCUUGUUGCAGUCCGUGGCUCUCGAUGCUCUCCACGCCCUAUACAAUGUGCGCGAAGGCCUAGAGGAUGACGACGCUGACAUUAACGAGGAGAUGGCCAGUUUGAGCACUAUUGGCGCCUGCUUGGUGGACUGGACGGAUCCACGGAAGUGCUACCAACCAGGUCUCCCUAUGGAAGCCGAGAAGAAGCACGUCAAUGGCGACGUCCAUCUUGAUUUCGCAACUGACAUCUUGGAGAAGCUGAACAGCAGUGCUAGCAAAGAAGAAAAGAAGACGGUUGGGCCGCUGCUGGGGAAGUUGUAUAUUUCGCCUGCGUCUUCAGAGGACAAGAUCCGCGUCUUGUACGAAGAGGUUUCUUCAGCCGUGGAAGAAAACAUUGCCACCGACGCAACUAGCAGAAACGCUCUUUACAAGAUCCACGUGAACCUUGGCAAGAUCGUCAACCAACUGAGUGAGCAGGACAAGACAAUGAUGCGAAGGAGCGGGAGUCGGAGCGUGAGCGUCUCGGUCGCGGGAGAUACCUCUGUGACAGAGGAUGAAAAGACCGCUUUGAUGGAUGACAGCAAAGGGGACGAAAAGACAGUACUGGCCCCGUCACCCAUCAAGGAGGAACCUGAAGAUUCUGACGUUGAUCUUGAUGGCCCGAGUCACUCUACGAUACGGACGGCUCGUCAGGAUGACGACUCGCUCGUGGAGGAACUACUUACGGAUGGGGAAGAUUGAGAUGACGUGAUUAUGUUGCGAUGAUAUCCGAUAUAUUUUUGUGUAGUUGUUACUCGAACUUAGUGAAUGAUUCCCAGCCCUGUUCCAC